AUGGACGAUAGUUUAGGAAUAGUCAAAAGUCACUCAGCCGUUCAGCCGCACCUGCCAGACAUCCCGUUUUGGCCACUUUUCGACACUAAAGAGAUGACCGCUUCUCGAAGUAGGUUCCAUAUAGGGCGUCAGCGUUCAGAGAUGAGGAGAUACACUUGGAUUUGCGUGCUUAAAGUCUCGUCUACCAAACACCUCCGACUUUGGGCCGCCAUGAUAUCUUUGGUUAAUAGGAGCAAAACGUCUGUGCCUUCGGAAGACCGGGAGCCAAGCCAAUAUGAGCACCAGACUGCAGGUGCAUGGGCGGGUUUCUGCUGUCUCUGUAUCGUCACAAAGAAGUGCUUCCACGUGACGUGGGGAUGUGUAGAAUAUCUCAGACAACUCCAACCAUACAAUGCCGUAUGGCGUUCACUUAAUGAUACGACAGAGCCUUCAUAUGAGACUUUAAAAACAGCAAACAACACCGACAAUGCAGUAACUUUGAGGUUUGAGCUUGGGUCGCAAAAGGUGUCGCCAGACGCGCGCCUAGGAAACCAUGUUAGGGACGGCUACAACCCCAGGUUGUGUUGA